AGGAUAUCCGGUAAUGUCAGUACAAUAGUAUUGAAGUGGAGUGGUCGAUGCUUCUUUUUCCGGCAACCGGCAUCCAUUUUCGUUAUUGGCUUGUCUAAGGUUGGCGCGUUUAGCAUAUAUGAACGGAUUGUUUAACGAUAAGUGAAAUAUAUACCGAUAAAUGGAAGGCGCACCAGCCAGUAGAGGUGGAUUUCGUGGUGGACGUGGUGGACCAGGCGGCCCUAUGAGAGGACGCGGCGGUUUUGGAGACAGGGGAAGGGGUGGCCCUCCUAGAGGAGGUGGUAUGAUGAGAGGUGGCCGAGCUAGUGGACCUGGAGGUGGAAUGAGAGGUGGACCACCUGGAAUGAGAGGCAGAGGUGGUCCUCCUGGAAGAGGUGGCCGUGGUGGACAUUUUCCUCCUGGAGGUCCACCAGAACCAGGAAUGUCUAGUGGUCCAGGAGGUGGUGGACCACCACCACCAGGAAUGGGAGGCCCACCACGUGGUGGCAGUAGGGGAGGUGGAAGCAGUGGUUUCCGAGGUAGAGGAAGAGGUGAUUUUGGUAGAGGUGACAAUCGUGGUGGUAGUAGUAAUUUCCAUGGACGGGGAAUGGAUAGAGGCAGCAGAGGAGGAUCUAGGGGAGGAUCUGGUAGAGGUGGUCCAGGUGGUAGAGGUUUUGGAGAUCGUGGGAGUAGAGGAGGCAGUGGGCGCGGUGGCGGUGGCCCAUCGAAAAGAGGAGGUGGACCACCAGGCUCAAGCGGACCUUCAAAAAGGCCGAGAUUUGAUCAGCCAUCUUCACAACCUGCGAAUGGUUAUGCAACUCAACCACCAAGUUGGGACAGUCAAGGUGGAUAUGGAGGAGGUACCAGUAAUGCUUAUGGUGGAGGACAGCAGCAACCACAACAGCAACAGGCGGUAGGAUACGGCGGUGGUUAUGGUUCACAAAGUUACCCUCAAUCUUCAUAUCAAAGUUACGAGAGUUAUCAGCAACCUCCAGAUUAUGGUCAAACAGCUGGAUAUCCACCUUCAGCAGCUACUGAUAGUAGGUAUGGAGGAGCCCCUACUGUACCAGCUGCAGGAGCUUUCAGUGCUGGUGAUCCUUAUAGUUAUGGCAAAGCACCACCAUCAGCCAAUUACCAGCAGGAGGCAGUGGCAGCAGGGGGUGGGGGUGCAGGUUAUGCCACUGUUAACCCUUACGAUGACCGAACUUCUAAUGCCACUUCUAUGAGCAACAGGGGUGGUUACUCGACGCAACUUUAUGAUUACUCGAGUCAAGAUGGUGUAUAUGGAAAACAAGAUUAUGGUGGCAGUGCUGGUUACCAAAACGCCCAGUCUCAGCGACGUUAUUAAAUUACACAUGCAACUAUUUAAUUUUAUACAUUUAGAUAUUAUUUCUUUUCCAAAUUUAAAGAAACAAAGAAAUCGUUCCUAGCGCGUGAAAAAGUUGGACAAAUAUCAUUUGUCAUGAACGCUAAGUAUUCUGUAAUUAAUAAUUCGUCGAGAAGAGACUUUUACAUUGAAAUGAAGAAAGUAAAACGAUAGAAAAGGAUUUAAAUGAAUGUGAUUUUCUAUCUUUGUCGCGCGCAUGGGAAGCUCAUUAAAUUGCGCAUUAAACGCAAACGAUUGUUUAAUUACAAUUUAAAAAAGGAAGUAUAAAUAACAUGAGCGUUUUAUACCUGACUUAGUAGUAUAGCAUUCUACUUUCGUCAUACUUAGCUAACAAUAUUGCUUUAGGAUUAAGUUUAGUUGAUGUACAGUUCAUUUUCCUUUUCCUUUAUCUUAAAAAUCAAUCUGCGAUUCUAAAAUAUAAAAUUGUAAUUAUUAAGGACAAAGAUAUAUUUACCUUAUUUGUAAAGUCAUUAAUUGGUUGAUCAUUGUGAACACAGAACACAUAAAGCUCAAUAACAUUAAAGGAAUAUUAGGUGUAGACAAAUGAAUAUCUUAUCAUUCUGCGUGAAGAAAAAAAAACAGAAAACAAUUGUAUAUUGUGGUGUAUUUUGUUUUACAUUUAACUAUGAAGUGAUGAAAAAGAAUCUUGUAUCAAAAUAUACCGCCCCUGUUUUAUGCGUUUAAUAAUGCGAAUUUUUCAUUCUGACAAUAUUUCUGCAGGUAACAAAUUUAUAAUAUAAUGAAUCAGUCUUACUGUUGCGACAUUUCAUUUCGUAUAUACACAUAUAUCUACAUAUAUUUUUAAUAUAUAGAGCUCAAUUUUUGUGUGAAUUAUGUGUGAAAUGCUCUGCUUAGAGGUGACAAAAAGAUUUUUUGUUUUUGAAAUAUCAAACGAAAAAUGUUAGAAAAUUUAAGUAUAAUUUUAGGAGUUUGUUUUAAUAGUUAUUUAAGUAGCAAUUGUAUAUUGAAAUGUCACACCGGCAGAGACAAUCAAAACGACAUAUUAAUAAUUAAAAGAAAAAAAAAUAGAUAUUUAUAUGGAAUCAAGAAACAAUGUAUCUAUUCGGGGCUCGAUAUAUAUGAGCAUGAAACAUUUGUCCCAGCCAAUUGUGUAUAUUAAAAUAUAGAGUAAUUAUAUAGGACAGGUGAUGUGGUUUUAUAUUCUGUUUAUUAUUAUAAAUUACAAUGAAAUUGUCUAAACUAUGUUAAAAGUUAUCGUCGCAUGUCACUGGUACAGUGAUAGUGAAUCAAUUUAAUAUUGUAAGAACUAGAGUAAUAACAACCAAAAUGAAAAGAAACUUUGAAACAAAGAACCAUAAAAAAUAACCAGUAAUAUUUUUCACGUUUAUUAUUUCCUCACCUUUAAUAUGAAAGACUAUAUGGACUGAAUUACAAAGAACAUUUACCAAUGAAAAGGGGGAAACCAGCAACUGCCUUAGAAAACCACAUAUACAUUAAAAAUAGUAGUUCAACUGAAAAGAAUACAGUGUAUUCUUAUAACAUAACGUAGGUAUGAAACUUUUGUUAAAAUCAAUAAUCUUUUGAAAAGCAAAUUUUUUGUACAUGAAAAAACUGAAUGGAAUUAUUAUUCUUUUUUAUUUUAUUGUAUAUAGUUUAUUCAAAGGAUAUUUUAUAUUCAAAAUGAAGUAUAUUAUCAAUAUAUAUAUAUAUAUCUAUAUAUAAUAAAAGUAUUAAUGGACAGUUCUAGACAUAUAACAAAAAAAUUGACAAAAACUGAGUUUAUUUCACAGGCGUAACAACAACCUGAGAUACUUAGGGAACAGAAUGAAAGAAAGAGAGAGUACCUUCCCUCUGUUACCAGCAAGGAGAAUACCAAUUCAAAUAGCAAUACGAUAUUAUAUGAAUAAAUGACGACUGAUAUGAUAAAUGUUAUUAAUGGCAUCAGGUAUCACAUGAACGAAACUUAGAAAGUAUUGUUUUUUCUGUUAGAGUAUAUCAUAUAGUAUCUUUCAUUAAUUAGAAUGUCUUUGUUUGAUUUUUCUAAGAGAUUGACCUGUAAUAAAUAGCGUUUGAUAUUUUUUGUGGUGCACCUCAUUUUUUUCAUUCAAGAUAUUGUUGCAAUUCUUUUUCAAUGUAAAUAGUCAGCAUCACUUCAAUCUAUUGUUUUCCAAGUUACCACACGUAAAGACUUAGUUGCAUCUUGUACAUAAUAUAUAUAUGAUAUAGAGAAAGAGAACGAAAAAUGUUUAAACGAAAAAAAAGAAAAACACAAAUA